AGCUAAUGAAUAAAUACCCUGAGAUUCAAGGAUACUGUGAUCGAGUAUUAUAUCCAACCAAAGAGUGCUGGGCGUAUGCAUUUACAAAACAGAAGUUCUCAGCUAAUACACAUUCAACACAGCAGGUCAAAAGUAUAAACCAUGUUAUAAAAUUAGAGGCAAAUUCUGGAAAUUUCUUAUGUCAGCUUCAAGCCAGAAUUGAAUUACAGUUAAAAGAUGAAGCAAAAUAUGCAAGUCUACAGAAAUUUCGAAAUAUGAACCCAACAAGAAGAUUCAUAAAAGAUAAUUAUGAGGAGCCACAGGUAUUAUUGGAUAUGGCUUUAGAGAAUUGUGCUAGAAGUAAUGUCAAUGAAAUAUGGGAGGUUAAACAUAUUCAAAGCAUAACAAAUCAUUCGCAAUUUAUUUUAUUACUUGAUGAUGGUACAUACUAUUGCACAUGUCUCUAUCUAGUUUAUGCUGGAUUUGUAUAUUGGCAUUUUUUUGCUGUGAUGAUUCAGUCCAAAAAAGUAUUCUUCAAUAUAAGGUUGAUACCUUCACAUUGGUUCUCUGAAGGUCUUGCAAUGUUUGAUAAUGAUCAAGAAUCUUCGAUUCAGAUAAUACAAAAUGAAAAUAAACCACCUACUGGAACAUUUCAGGUAUUAGAAAGGAUUCACGGUCAAGAAGUUAUUAGUAGAGUUGCUGUGGAAUUAGAAUCGAAAAAAGUUUUUUAUAGUCGUGGUUUGGGGCUUUGUAAAAAGGCUCUCAACAUAGCAAUUACGAAUAAUUCUAAUAAGGCUUUGGAAAAUCUCUUGCAACAAUUUAUUGAUGAACAGAUUUUAUCACAAUGUCAAAACACAUACGAAUCAUCUGUGCAAAAAUUAGAUCAAAAGACCAAUGAUUUUAAAAUUCAGACCCACUUCAACAUAAGG